AGCGGGGCUGCAGUGGGUGCAGUGUGGGUGCAGGGCGGGUGCAGCGUGGGUGCAGUGUGGGUGCCCAGGGCGCAGCGGAGGAUGCCCAUGAGCACCCAUGAUGCUGGCGGGUGCCAGCAGGUCGACACCGGAGCUGCGGAAGGAACGCUCGCGGGACGCGGCACGGUGCCGGCGCAGCCGGGAGACAGAGGUCUUCUACCAGCUGGCGCACACCCUGCCCUUCGCCCGUGGCGUCAGCGCCCACCUCGACAAGGCCUCCAUCAUGCGUCUCACCAUCAGCUACCUGCGCGUCCACCGCCUCCUUGCCGCCGGCGCCUGGGCGGCAGCGGCAGAGGAAGUGGAUGGGUGCUACCUGAAGGCGCUGAGCGGCUUCGUGAUGGUGCUGAGCGAGGUGGGGGACAUGAUCUUCCUCUCCGAGAACGUCAACCGGCUCCUGGGGCUCAGCCAGCUGGAGCUGAUCGGCCACAGCGUCUUCGACUUCGUGCACCCCUGUGACCACGAGGAGCUGCAGGACGUGCUCAGCCCCCGGCAGGGUGAGACCCCUGGGACCCCCCAGCUACCCCUGGGACCCCAUUCUCCCUGGGAUGAAGAGGCACCCUUGACGGGAGAGGGCGGCUGCCUCAACCUGAAGGCAGCCUCCUGGAAGGUGCUGCACUGUGCGGGGCACAUGCGGUCGUACGCAGGGGCCAGGGGGGGUGACCCACCCCUGCGCUGCCUGGUGCUGAUCUGCGAGGCCAUCCCCCACCCGGGGGCCAUCGAGACCCCCCUGGGCUCCAGCACCGUCCUCAGCCGCCACUCCAUGGACAUGAAGUUCACCUACUGUGAUGACAGGAUCGGGGAGGUGGCGGGGUACACCCCUGAGGAGCUGCUCGGCUGCUCCCUCUACGAGUACGUCCACGCUCUCGACUCUGACACCCUCAGCAGGAGCGUGCACACCCUGCUGAGCAAGGGACAGGCAGUGACAAGCCAGUACCGGUUCCUGGCCAAGCGCGGGGGGUUCCUGUGGGCGCAGACCCAGGCCACCGUCAUCGCCAACAGCCGCAGCGCCCAGCCCGAGGGCAUCGUCUGCCUCCACUUCGUCCUCAGCCGCGUGGAGCAGCGGGGGGUGGUGCUGUCGCUGGAGCAGACCCAACGCCAGGGUGAGGGGCGCCGCCUGCCCCCCCCCGCCCCUGGCCUCGACACCCCCGACACCGUCCUCAACCUCAGCCUUGGGGUGGGGGGCCCACGGGUGCUGGCUUUCGUGCGCCCAGCCCACGUCCCCGAGGCAGCACUAAGCGGGGACCCCCGGCGCUUCUGCUCCCCUGAACUCGCCCGCCUCCUCGCCCCCAUCUUCGACCCCCCCCCAGUGCCCCCCGCCCGCCACUGCCCCUGCAGCCCCUCUCUGCCCCCUGGGGAUAAGCUGCUGUUUGAGGUGCAGAAGCUUUUCAUGGGGAGCCCGGGGCCUGGCACAGCCCUGCAGGCGUCCCCCCUGGACCUGGCCAUGCUGGCCCCCUACAUCCCCAUGGACGGCGACUUCCAGCUGGGCGGGGCCGAGGCGCCGCGGGGGCGGGGCCCGCGCCCACACGGCCCCGCCUCCGCGGCCGCGGCCCCGCCUCCGCGGCCCCGCGCCCGCAGCUUUCCCGGGCGCGGCUCCACCCCCUCCCGCCCCGGCCCCGCCCUCCUGCGCUGGGGCAGCGACCCCGCCCUCGGCCCCGCCCUGAAGCCUCGCCCUGCCAGGAAGAGGGCGCGGGAGCCGAGCGGGGAGGACGGCGGGGGGCUCCCCUGAAGCGACCGAGCUCGACCC